AUCGACGCUAGUUGAAGAUGGUUAGUCGACGGCCGGCGCUUUCGCGGAGCGGCCGCACGUGAGCACCGCGCACAUGGGCAACAACCACAGCAACGAGGAACUGCUGCGCUCGGCGGCGGCCGGCGGCCAGCAGGCAAACACUGCCGAGGCCGGCCGAAUGGUUUUCCUGCUCUGGUUGGCACACAGGUACUGGAGCAACGUCGUGGACGUCGCCACCCUCAAGAGAAGCAAACGCAAGAAACGCCGACGCAAUGGUUCUGACUGCUCCCUCGCCUCUGAAGAUGAUGACAACACUUCAAGGAGCUCGUUUUGGAGCGAGAUGGCUCCAGAACCGCACGGCGCUGACGGUGUCCAGAUGCGGCGAGGGAGCCGAGCCAGCGAGAUGUCCUCCAGUCUGGCAGACCUUUGGCGACACGACACCACAAAGGACCACCGUCCACCAGUUUACAACCCUGAAGAUUAUGCCUCCGCCCUGAAAAAAUGGAGCCGCCGAUCUGGACCACUGCUUUACGCCUCCAAUAUUGCCAACAGUGACGAGGCGACUAUGGGUCCUGGAAGCACCAAUACAGCGCCACCAAGAUACAACUGGAGGUCCAGGUCGACCGACAACCUUCAUCAGGAGCCCAUGUCCCUUGGUGGCAGCAGGGAUUUUAGAAAUCCGAAUCUAACUUCCUGUAGUCAAGGAGAAAUGACUUUGAAACAAUUUUCAAGUGUUUCUGAGCUGCUCAACAAAUUGCGCCAAGAUCUGCGUUUAGCACUGCCAAGUUUCGUUCAAGAGUUUGUCGGCGACCCUUUAGAUGGUGUGACCCUUCUGUUGGAAAUUCUUCGUGCUGUCCAACUGAGCCAAACUACCCAGAAAACAAGAAUUCCACCCGCUAUUGCCAGGAGGGCGUUGCUGGACGAACACGAGUGUCUGCAAUGUCUGCAAAGCUGCGUGGCCAGGUCACAGGAAGGCGCCCGCAGAUUAGCUUCCUCGCCUGCUGGACUUUUCACUGUCGCCGUUGGCAUCAUGAGCAACGUCACUAAAUCCAGGAUCCUCGCCCUUCAGUUGUUAACAAGAGCGUGUGAGCCGCCGGCCAACGGACACUCGGCUGUGUCUGAAGCCAUGUCGACCCUGCGCCUCAGGUUCGGCGAGCCAGUGCGGUUUCGCUUCCUGGUUGGCAUGCUGAGCAGCGGGGCUGGGGCCUCAUCGCCCCAGUUGCAAAGCAUCGGCCUCCGCUACGUUAACACCUUCUUGGAGGCGGCCCCCUCACCUCAAGUACGGCUCUACAUUCAGGCAGAACUCGAGCAGGCUGGAUUCCAACCAAGCACCAUCAGAAAGUCCUUGCCUGCAAACGCAAAUGUUGCCGAGGAAAUACAGAAGGAACUGAAAAGAUGGGAAGACGGAUAUUUGGACAUAAAUAUGCUGGAGGACAGAGCUAAGCACGCAGAGAAGGAGGUGUCGGCACUAAAGGAGAAAACAUCUCUUCUGGAAAGGAAACUACAAAUCCUUCAGGAGGAAAAGGGUGUCCUCUUGUCUCUGGAGAGGUCUCUCAAGGAAAGAUGUACUCAGCUUGAGGGUGAAGCCAAUCACCAGCACAUUAUUUCCCCAAAAAGCUCAAAGGUUGGAUCGACUCCUGAAGAUGAGGGAAUCAGUUCCUCAGACCAGCCCAGCAGUGGAGAGGAAGGCAACGGAUCACCAUUGGCACGCAGAAGGGACGUGAUCGAGCUAAAAGUUGAGGGUCCACCUGUGCUCAGGGAGACCAGUGUCGACCAACAGGAUUCCGAUGAGGAGGAAACAACUAUCGAGGAAGUGAUGGAAGAGCUGAGAAAUAUCAUAAAUGAUGCUGAGAGCGAGGAUAGAGCUAGAAUGCAGAGAGAGCAGGAAUUGGAAAUUGCAAGAACAAGUAACAAGGCUAGACGCCCCCGCCAAAGAACGCCAGCUGAAUAUGAAGACCGUCUCAGCCCUGACACCCCCGCCUCUGAUGAAAUCGAAAUCAUCCCCAUGAGGUUGCCUCAGCCUCCUCGCCGAUCGCGAGCCCUGGCUAUGAUGAGAGACGGCGCCCAAGGAAUUUUGUUUUUUGACGAAGAGACGCCAAGUGACACCAGUGACUCAGAUUCCCUUCUCAGCGCCUCCAGAGAGCCAGAGCCUACGCAGAGGCCCACAUACGUGUACGGGAGCAGGCCACUGAUGCGCAGGGAGACCAUAUCAGCGCAUCCUGUCUCUCCCAUUAGACGAAGUGAAUCUUUCCAAUUGCAGCAGAGACCAUCACAGCUUCAAUUCAACCCAGUGCCAGUGAUCACCAAGGAAACUACCACCCACCCACUUUUCUUUCUCAACGACUCGCCGCGACAAAACAACAGCAACAGCAGCAAAUCGAAGAGCAUGGAGCGGAUCGACGAGGGACUCAACUCAAUGGUUGACAUCGUGACCCACGUCCGCUGGGAGACGCCCCAGGUGUCCUUGCACCAUGACUACCGCAGUGGCGGCUUCCACAGGUACUCGGACCGGUACCCACCUGACGGUGCAAGCAGUGGAAUGUCCGGCAGCGCUCUUUUCAUUUCACCGCGGGAGCAGAGCCCUCCUAGCCAUCACUACAAGGCGCCAUUUAUCAAAAGGGGCCACCUCAACGCAGGCCUUUACUCUGGCCAGGUCAAGCCAAUGAUGCAAUGCCAGUCCUCGAGCAAUAGCCGAACUGCCUCGGUGCCUAGCUCUGCUGGAAGAUUAGCCGAUCUGCCUUCAGGAUUGUACUAAAUUAACGAAAAUUAUUAGAGCCGCCUUGUACUGGUGUUAAAUGAGAUGAUUAAAAUUAACUGUUUAAUUUUUUUGCCUAUUGCUUUGAAUUAAAAAGAUGUCAAGGAACACAAUUUGAAAGUUAUUUUGAUUAGACCAAGGGAUUAAACAAAUAAUUUAAUGAAAAUCCUUGGCGCGGUACAUAUGGAAGUUAAUUUUUUAUGCGUGGAUUGAAGGGUUGAUUUGAUAUUUUCAAUAAUGUUCUAUGCGUGUGUUGCAAACUGUACAGUUUUAAUAUAUCAGAUGCAAUAUGCUCAUAUUUGAACAGGGGAGAGGUGAUGAUCUCCAGAUCACGUCAUUUCCAAUGUCUCUCAUUGGUCACUCAAUGACAAUUUGCCAAGCACAAAUCCUGUAUAUAUUUGUACAAAGAAAUAAAAAGAUAAGUUUACAAAAA